UAUCGGUCCCUAUCAGAUACAACAAUUCCCAAAGCUUCAACUACAUCAUUGCUUGCAACUUCUGAAUGUUGACCUUAUUAACAUGAAUCCCCGUGGAUUUCCAAGCAUAUGUUCUGUAUAGAGGGCGUCUGGACGUACCCGCCUUCCCACAUCCCCAUAUUUUCCAUUCCUCCUCUUGCCCACGCCUGUGUCAAAUCCUAAUACAUCGCAACCAACAAGCUACCACUUACAACCCAAAUCACAAUGCCCUCAGACCUCUCAAACUAUCUCGCAACACACUACCUAACAGCCGACCCCAAGCCCUCAAAAAAGCGCAAGCGCAAGCAAAAAGACACCGAAGGCCUAAUUAUCGCCGAUGAUGACGAAACAGGGUGGUCGUCGCGCUCGCGCAACCGCGACGGCGCAGACGACGAAGACGACGACAUGGCCCUGCAGGCCGCCGUAGCAGGGACAAGCGCCGAGUUUCGCAAAGCGAAGAAAUCAGGAUGGAAAGUCCUCGGAGGCAGCAGCAGCACCAACCCCCAGACAACAUCCACAUCCACAUCCACACCCCAAGACACAGAUGACGCAACGCGCCAAGCGGACGCGAUCCUCGCCUCGGCGGCCGCAGAAAGCGCCUUAGCCGGCGCUGACGCCGAUGAAGAGAACGCACCAGUAAUGAUGUCCGACGGGACCUAUGCCGGUCUCCAAACAGGCGCAUCAGUGUCCGCCCAACUCUCCGCUCGCCGGGCCGCGGAGCGCGCCGAAUACGAGCGCAGCGCGGGCGGGACAGGCGGCGGCAAAGAAGCGGAAACCAUCUACCGCGACGCCACGGGCCGCCGCGUAGACGUGAGCAUGAAGCGCGCGGAGCUGCGGCGCGAAGCAGAAGAAGCCGCGCGCAAGCGCGAGGAGGCCGAACUUGCGCUCCGCGGCGACGUGCAGCGGGAGGAAGCCAUGCGGCGGCGCUCGGCGCUCGAGGACGCGAAGGUAAUGAGCGUGGCGCGGCACGCAGACGACGUCGAGAUGAACGCGGAGAUGAAGGCGCAGGUGCGCUGGGGCGAUACCAUGGCCGCGUUCGUGAAGCCCAAGGACGCCACCACUAGUGGCGUAGGGACGAAAGGAGGGGGGAGGAGUGUGAAAGGACGGCCCGUGUACAAGGGCGCGUGGGCGCCGAAUCGCUAUCAGAUCCCGCCGGGGCAUCGAUGGGACGGCGUGGAUCGGGGUAAUGGGUUCGAGGGGGAGCGGUUCAAGGCCAUUAAUCGGCGCGAGAGGAAUAAGGACUUAGAUUACUCGUGGCAGAUGGACGAGUAGAGCUUCUUAUUUCUUAUUUCUACAUUUGUGCGGCAUACAGAGAGGCGUUGUUGGCAUGAUUUACGCGAGACAGACAGAUAUUAUUAUACCCACUUGUUUUUUUAUUUCCAUUCACGAAUAAUUCUAGUGGUCAUAUAUAAAAGCUAUGUCGAGUGCCGUCGUGAUGCUGGCUUGCAACCAUGUCAUGUGUAUUAUGUAUAAUCUAUAGAAUGCUAUGGAAGUCGGCACUAAUGUUUUAUAGUCUCUUUCUGUGGACGAGUCCAAGCGGGUUAGCAGCAUCAC